GUCGCCUGGUGGGUCUCCUCCUUGGUCGCGCCAUCGCCGCCUCUGCUUCCAGAUCCGCCGCUGCAAGCCGCCCGUCGCCGUUGUCUUCUCCUGCCGCCUCCUUCUUCCAGAUCGCCCGUCGCCGUUGCCGUCUCCUUCAUUGCUGAUCGUUAUUUUUUCAGAACUUUUAAGCAAUUCAGAUGGGAGUUAAACAAGAGAAUGGGUCCCUUUCAAAGAUUGUGCCUUCCAAAAUACAGGACAAUAUUGAUGAAGCCGAUGCUAAAGUAAAGAAGUAUCUUAGAGGUGAAGGUGCCAAUUUGAAGGCUAUACAAGAUAAAAAAUUGAAGGGCCAGCUUGCUGUCAGAGAAGAAUUAUAUGGAAAAUCUGCAAAAGCUGCUGCCAAGGCAGAGAAGUGGCUUAUGCCAAGUGAAGGGGGCUAUUUGGAAGCCGAAGGCAUAGAGAAGACUUGGAGGAUCAAACAGCAGGCAAUUGCUCAAGAAGUAGACAUAUUGAGUUCAAAGAAUCAACAUGAUAUUGUCUUACCAGAUCUUGGUCCAUACACUUUGGAUUUUACUUCAAGUGGUCGAUACAUGGCACUUGCCGGACGCAAGGGUCAUCUGGCAAUCAUAGACAUGAACAACUUGAGCCUUAUUAAAGAAUUCCAUGUUAGGGAAACAGUGCGUGAUGUGGUCUUCUUGCACAAUGAACAGUUCUUUGCUGCUGCUCAGAAGAAGUACCCUUACAUUUAUAACCGGGAUGGCAUAGAACUUCAUUGUCUUAAGGAGCAUGGUGCAAUAUUGAAGCUCCAAUUCUUGAAGAACCAUUUCCUCCUAGCAUCAAUAAACAAAUUUGGGCAACUCCACUAUCAGGAUGUUACUACUGGUGAGAUGGUGGGUAAUUAUAGGACUGGUCAAGGCCGUUCUGACGUAAUGCAAGUGAAUCCCUUCAACGGAGUCGUUGCUUUGGGUCACUCGACCGGUACAGUGAGCAUGUGGAAACCUACGAGUUCUGCUCCCCUCAUAAAGAUGCUGUGUCAUCAUGGGCCCGUUUCAGCUUUGGCAUUUCAGUCUAAUGGCCAUCUCAUGGCAACUGCUGGUAUGGACAAGAAAAUAAAGCUUUGGGACUUGAGAAAGUAUGAGGUCCUUCAGGCUAUACCCGGCCAUGCCAAGACAUUGGAUUUCAGUCAGAAAGGUUUGCUUGCUACCGCCACUGGCUCUUUUGUGCGGAUUUUGGCAGAUUUUUCCGGAUCUCAGAAUUACAGCCGUUACAUGACUCAUUCUAUGGUGAAAGGGUACCAGGUAAGGAAAUUGUCAUUCCGACCUUACGAAGAUGUACUGGGCAUAGGGCACUCCAUGGGAUGGUCCUCAAUUCUUGUCCCUGGAUCUGGAGAACCCAACUACGACACUUGGGUGGCGAAUCCGUUUGAAACUCCUAAACAGCGAAGGGAGAAAGAAGUGCAUUCCCUUCUAGACAAGCUCCCGCCCGAGACGAUAAUGCUGGACCCUGGAAAGAUCGGGGCAGUGAGACCUGCGAGGAAGAAGGAGAAGCCGAACAAGCAGGAAAGAGAAGCGGAGAUGGAAGCGGCCAUUGAAGCUGCUAAAAAAAGCGUUGGCUUGAAGAAUAAAACCAAGGGUAGGAAUAAGCCCAGUAAAAUGGCGAAGAAGAAGCAGGAAAUGGUUGAGAUGGCGAAGAGGCCCUUCUUGGAGGAGGAAGAAUCGGUUGAAAGGAAAAGGCAGAAGAUGGGCGAUGACGAAAAUCAACUUCCUAAAUCUUUGCAGCGAUUUGCACGCAAGAAAGCCGCAUCAUGAUUCUAUUUGUGCUAUUUAUUAUAUAUAUCUGAGCUUUUCUGGCGGUUUUGUUCCUUAAAAAAGUCUCUGGUCAAAUGUUUAGUUAAUCCUGGCUAGUUUUACUAUUUGUUUAUUACAAAGUUUUCUCCUUCUUCUCCGGUGGGUUUUGGUGGCUUCCAAGCCGCAGAUACCCGUAAGGAAUUAUGAAUUGCCGCUUUAAGCCCAAAGUAUUUUGGAAGUGGAUUUCAGCCCGCCCUUGUGGUUACUGAGGUCCGGUUACUGUGGCUUUCGGUGGGCAAUAUUACGGUCCAUUACAAUGCAGUGAGGGCCUCGCUGUCCAUAUUUGCUUAUGCGACUGAAGAUUCACUGUGGGCCCACUUGAGGUCCACUGGUUUUUAAAGUAAAAAAAUUAGGUAGGUCUUUGUGGGCCUUGAAAUCCA